AUGGCGGCGCCGCCGCCCGCCCUCAGCUGGGCGCUGCCCCUGCUGGCGGCGCUGGCGGGCGCCGCCGGACCCCAGAGCUUCGAGCUGCCGGGGGCCCCCAUCGACAACAUCGAGGUGAGCGGCGGCGCCGUGCUGGUGGCGGGCGGCAGCUGCCUCUACGAGCUGCGGCCCGAGCUGCGGCCCCGGCGCCGCGUGGUGCCGGCGGCGGGGCAGGGCUGCGGGGAGCCCCCCGGCACGCGCAGCAACCUGCUGCUGUACUACGAGGAGGCCGGCGGGGUGGGCGUCCUCCUGACCGGCUGGACCCAGGAUGGCGGCGCCUGCCAGGUGUGGGAGCAGCCGUCCUACCGGCAGCGCCUGAACCAAAGCGAGGUGGUCAGUUGCCUGCCCGACGGCUCCACCGCCGGCGUCGUCUUCCAGCAGGCCGGCGCCUGGUACCUGGCCGUGGCGGCCACCUACUCAACCAGCGCCGACACGAACCACCUGCACUGCGAGCCCUCGAAGUCGGACAAGGAGACCGUCAUCACGGUGCGCAGCAUGGUCAACCUGAAGUCCAAGGAGGAGCUGGGCAUCAUCAAGCGCAGGGAGGAACCUUUGCACUUUGUUGACGCGCUCCAGUGGGGGGAUCACCUUUUCUUUCCCUACUACACGCUGAAGGCCAGGUUGGGCAAUAACACGGAGCCACCCAGCAUGGCUGUCCUGCGCCAGCUGCGCCCUUUCGAGGGUGGCCUUAGUUUGCAAGGGCACGUCUAUUUGGACUGCGGGUGCAGGAGCCUCAUUAUUUCCUCCAGCCUCGUCCGCCACGGUGAGCGGGGCUGGUGGGUGGGUGUGUUCCGCCACAGCCACAACGCCAAGGCGUGGAACAGCACUGCCGUCUGCAUCUUUGGAAUGGAGGAGAUGAAGGAGCAAGCCUGCGCAUCCACACACUUCAAUAUGAACGGGAAGAGCUGUGAGGCACGAUCAAUCAAGAAAUUACCUACCUUGAUUCACUCUGGAUUAGUAGCUGUUUAUGGCACAGUUGUUUUGAAUCGUAUAGUUCUCUUUUUGGGAACAGAUGAUGGACAGUUACUAAAGGCUAUUCUUAAUGAAGAUAUGAAAUCUAAUUGCCCAGAGGUUUUAUAUGAAAUUGAGGAAGAAACUUCCAUUUUCCCCAAGCUACGACUUGAUCCAGUAAAUAAUAACUACAUCUAUCUGCCCUCUGCCAAUAAAGUGAGAAGAAUACCAGUUGCAAAUUGCGGUAGAUUUGCUUCUGAGCAAGAAUGCUUAUCUGCAAAGGACCCCUACUGUGGGUGGUGUUCUUUCAAUCAAAGGUGCACAUUAAAAGAAAAUUGUACACAUUCAAACAGCAUAAAUGGUUGGUAUAACAUUUCACAUGCACCUGAUAAAGAUCUGAAAAUCCUGCUAAGUUUCCCUGCCAAAUAUCAGGUUGUUGUGACUGCAAAUGUAAGCAAAAUCCUUACUUUCUGUAUGAUAAAAAUUGUAACAGCUGUUGAAAUAUUUUAUGAAAAUGUAGUGCUGAAAAAUUCAUCCUGUUUCUGCAAUCUGACCGCUCCAAUGAUCACUGAUAACGAUUGUCUAGUUCUUGAAGCAUCACUGUCCUCAAGCGCUUGGAAUAUCACACAAACAUUUCAGCUGAAAAACUGCUCACGGUGUAUACACAAGGGUGAGUGUGCCAGCUGUGAAUGGAUACGUGUCUCUCCUGUCACCACCUGCCAGGAUGAUUGCAGUUCAGCUGCUUCCAAGGGAAUCACCACUCUGCAGAAAACAGAGCAUAUCAGCAUUCAAUCCGUUGAACCUUUGUGGAUUUCUACAUUAGGCAAAAGUGAAAUAACAGUCAAAGGAGAAAACUUUACACGUGCAUCAGGCAUAAAACUGAUACUGACUGGAAUCACUGGCUGUAAACCAGAUGUCAUUAAAGUCAGAAAUGUGCUAAAUGAUACACAAAUGACAUUUACUCUCCCACCAACACGUAAAGAGGCCAAAAGUAUAUGCAUCCAGGCUAAUGGGAAAAAAUGUUCACCGCCAAUGACCCUGCAUUAUGUUUCUCUGCCAUCAUGUUCUAGAAUUACACCAAAUACCUCCUGGAUCAGUGGUGGUCGCAAAAUUACUACAACUGGUAGAAAUUUUAAUGUGGUGGACAGUGUGAUUAUUUCAGAUGACCAGAGAUCAAACCUCACAGUCUCUAGGUGUCCUGGAAAUGCAUCUGAGUAUCAUUAUUUAACGCCAAGCCUGAGCCAUGCAACAGAGGGUAAAGUUGUUGAUAUGAUGUUAAAAGUGGAUACUACUUUUAUACCAUGUGUCAAAUUACACUAUCACCCAGACCCAGUGUUCAUUAACUACCAGCUGCACACUGAACUGGAUCCUGAUCUGGAAUUAAAAAUAUAUAAAGAAAAUGAUAAUUUGAAUAUUUCUAAAACAGAGGUAGAGGUUUAUCUGUCGUAUGUGACUGGUGCACAGACCAAAAAGAUAUGGUUCAGUGUCCAAAACAUUACCAAAAAGCCAGACCGUAGCACCAUACUGUGCAAAUUCAAAAGGGAAGGAACCGACAAGAUUGACUUCUCCACAGUGAAAGUUUUUGUGAAAUUAGGUAAUUUUGAGCAUGAAGUCAAACCAACAUCAUCACACAUAUAUUUAUAUGUUCUUAUUUUGCUACCUAUUGUGGUGUGUGUCAUUAUAGCGGCAUUUAUAGUUACUAGAUACAAAUCCAAAGAGUUAACCCGUAAACAGAGUCAACAACUUGAACUGCUGGAAUAUGAGAUUCGUAAGGAAAUACGUGAGGGAUUUGCUGAACUGCAGAUGGAUGAAUUGGAUGUGGUGGAUAGUUUUGGAACGGUUCCCUUCCUUGACUACAAACACUUUGCUCUUAGAACUUUUUUUCCAGAGUCAGGAGGCUUUGCAUCCAUCUUCAGUGAAGAAAUGCCACAGAGCAGAGACCAAACCAGCAAGGAUGAAAGCUUCAACAUGUUGCAUGCUUUAAUUUGUAACAAGAACUUUCUUGUUACUCUCAUUCACACCCUUGAAAAGCAGAAAAAUUUCUCAGUGAAAGACAGGUGCUUGUUUGCAUCCUUCUUGACUAUUGCAUUACAAACUAAGCUAGUUUAUCUGACCCAUAUUUUGGAAGUAUUGACAAGGGACUUGAUGGAGCAAUCGAGCAAUCUACAGCCUAAACUCCUGCUCAGACGAACCGAAUCUGUGGUAGAAAAAUUGCUGACAAACUGGAUGUCUGUCUGCCUUUCUGGAUUUCUCCGGGAGACAAUUGGUGAACCUUUCUAUUUGCUGGUGACAACCCUCAAUCAGAGGAUAAAUAAAGGACCUGUUGAUGCAAUAACUUGCAAAGCCCUGUACACUCUUAAUGAAGACUGGCUGCUGUGGCAAGUGUCUGAAUUCAAAACAGUGACAGUGAACAUUAUCUUUGAAAAAAUCCCAGAAAAUGAGAGUGGAGAUGUCUGUCAAACUAUUCCAGUUAAUGUUCUGGACUGCGACACCAUAGGCCAAGCCAAGGAGAAGAGCCUUCAAGCUUUCUUUAAUAAGAAUGGGUUUCUCUAUGGUCUUCAGCUGGAUGAAAUUGGUCUUGAACUUGUGUCUGAGGAGCAGCAAAGAGAAUUGUUAGAUAUUGAUGGUUCCUCAGAGGUGAUGGAGGAUGGGAUAAGGAAGCUAAAUACCAUCGGUCAUUAUGAGAUUUCAAAUGGAGCAACCAUAAAAGUCUUCAAAAAGAAGGCAAAUACCCGAUCAGAUGUGGACUACUCAGAUGAACACUGUCAUCUGAUUUUACCAGACUCAGAAGCAAACAAAGAUGUGAAGGGAGCAGGUCACAAAGGAAAACAAAAAUUCAAAGUGAAAGAAAUGUAUCUCACAAAACUUCUGUCAACCAAGGUUGCAAUUCAUUCGGUAGUUGAAAAGCUCUUCAGGAGCAUUUGGAGUUUGCCCAACAAUAAAGCACCUGUUGCCAUCAAGUACUUUUUUGACUUUUUGGAUGCCCAGGCUGAGAGCAAAAAAAUUACUGAUCCUGAUGUGGUCCACAUAUGGAAAACCAACAGUCUUCCUCUUCGCUUCUGGGUGAACAUACUGAAGAAUCCCCAGUUUGUCUUUGAUAUUAAGAAGACUUCACACAUAGAUGGCUGUUUGUCUGUAAUCGCACAAGCUUUCAUGGAUGCCUUUUCUCUCGCAGAACAGACACUGGGGAAGGAAGCACCAACAAAUAAACUUCUCUAUGCUAAGGACAUUCCGCUCUACAAGAAGGAGGUGAAAGCGUACUACAAAGCCAUCAGGGAUCUGCCUCCAUUGACCACUGCAGAGGUUGAAGAAUUUCUAGCUCAGGAAUCUAAGAAACAUGAAAAUGAAUUUAAUGAGAAAGUGGCCUUGUUUGAAAUCUACAAAUACAUAGUGAAAUACUAUGAUGAGAUUGUCAGCAAACUUGAGCGAGAACGGGGGUUUGAAGAAGUCCAGAAACAGCUCCAGCAAGUAAAAGCCUUAUUUGAUGAAAAGAAAAAAUGCAAAUGGCAUUGAGCAGAGCACUGACUCACAGCAUCACUGUGGGGCAUUUUAUAUUAGUGCUGCUGCUCCCAAAACUGUUUGGACUGUCUAUAUGUACAGGGUUUGAAA